GCGUACUGCGCUCGUCGUCAUUGGGGCUAUCUUUCAGUCGCGCGAAGCCCUAUCCGCGACGCAACUUUUGUCAAUUCGAGAUCCUCCGAGAGGACGCCAACUGAAGAGUGAUUCGCAGAGGGGCCGAUGCGAAAUGGACCAAGUCCACGCCGCCGAGAAAACCGAGGUUUCGCGCGAUACGUCGGUGUCGAAGCGCGGCGAUCGCAACUACGAGAUCGUGCGCGUGAAGCCAGAGCACUUUGAGGACGUGAUGGACUUUUUGCGGCGCAACUUCUUCCUGGACGAGCCGCUGAACGUGUGCAUCCAGCUGGUGGGCGACUCGCGGCCCGGCUCGUGUCCCGAGCUGGAGGAGUUCUCGAUGGGCGCCCUGCAGCAGGGCAUCUCACUGAUGGCCGUGUCGCCUGAGGGUAAGGUGCUCGGCGCCGUCCUCAACGCCAUCAGCCAGCACGAGGACAUCGAAGAGCUGCAGCUCCUGGCCGAAACUUGCCCCAACCCUAAGUUCAAACUCAUCCUCGGCCUGCUGGCCCACAUCGAGAAAGAGGCCGAUGUGCACCACAGGUUUGACGUUGACAGAGUGUUCGAGAUCCCCAUGUUAUCCGUCGACUCAAACUGUCGAGGUCAGGGAAUCGCGACUGCCCUUUUGAAGAGCGCCGUGGAAAUGGCCAGCAGCCUGAAUGUGCCGCUCGUCAGGGUAGACUGCUCAAGCAAGUUCACUGCCAUGGCCGUCGCCAAACUCGGGCUCGAGCCUGUCUACCACAUGAAGUACAACACGUACCGACCUCCGGGCGUCGAAAACCCCCCAUUCAACCCCGCCUACCCCCACGACGAAGUCGCCUCGUAUGUUAAGAGAUUGUGAUCUGGAUUUUUUCUUACAUAAUUUUUUUAUACGAAGAAACUGAAAAAUCGCCGCUCCUUUCCACUUCACUGCAUUUUACUCAUUUCCCAUGUCUAUUCUAACGUUUUAUUUUAUUAUGUUGGCGUUUUCUUCAAAGAUUGAAUCUAACCGCUCAUUAUUUAAUUAUAUAUCUCAAAAAGAAAAGUAGUGCCACUUUUGGCAGCACAAAAACUGAGUGUGACUGAGCAAUAAUACAAAAAUGAAAUCAUCAUCUUGUACACAAUUCUCACAAAGCCGAACUUUCAGAGUAUCUCUGAACCAUGAUCUAAUAAAAUUGUACAAAAAAGAAACUAAAUAAAAAUGAUAAUAGCAUAUAAUUAUACAAA